CUGAAAUUGCUCUGAGACAGCGUCGAAAAUGGAAGUUGGAGUUCAACAAGCACUGUCAUGCUGAAUGGCGACCACCUUCAUGCACACAUGUUGUCGAUGCAUGUGGCCCUUUGGAGGCAGCAGAGCCUUGGCCUACUUCUCGGACAAGAAGAAUGAAGAUCAUGAUGAGGAGGAAGCUCACCACCUGCUUGGAAAUGCCAUUGACAGCGAUGACGAGCAGGUUCAGGCAGAUGCAUUAAGUCCUGACCAGAUUAAAAGAUUCUUGGAUGCCUCCAAAUCCAGUCGAUCAGCGGUGUCUUCUCGGCCGCGCGAAUCCCGCAUGCAAGGAGGUGCGUCUGCAUUGGCGCAUCGGACGGCUGCGAGCAAACCUGCGCCGGUCGGAGAGUACGACGAGCUCUUUGAUGAGGAGCUGGAAGAUGAGCCUGAAACCCUGGGAGCAAAGCCCUGGACGGGCCGCUGGGACGAUGAUCCCGCCAGCUUCAGUCCGGUGGAGACCGGUGGGCGCGGCCUGGGCUUCGGACGCGGAGAUGCGAGGCCUCAGAAGCCUCUGCUCAAUGGGAAGGCCAGACCACUUGUGGGCAGCCCCACAACCAGAGAAGGCUCCAGACAAAAUGAUGAUGAGGAAGACGAGGAUGACGAGGAGGUUGCAGGACCUCCAAUCAUGCUCCCUUCCUCUCCAUCAUUCUUGCCGGACUUUCGCCAAAGCCAGCCGCAGCAUGGGCACCUUUCAGGAAGACAGGCUUUGUCCUUUCCAAGUGGGUCGGCACACAGAGAGAGCGAUCCGGUCACAUGCUUGUCACGAGAAAGACCGGAGGCGUCUGGAAUGCUGGAAGCUUGGGAUGGUGAUAGCAUCGUUCUAGACGGCGAUGCAGGUCACUUUGUGGAGGCUUUGGUGUCGGCUCCGCAGCCGCUCCCGCAGGUGCCAGAGGCCACCGCAGUCGCUGGGUGAUAGACUUGGACGCCCAGCUUGGUUAAUGGACUGCCUGCCAAAGUGUCAGAGACGCGA